AUAUAAUCAGCCAUUAUCAUCAUCAUCAUCAUCAUCAUUGGCAACAAUUAAUUUGGAAAUUUUUUUUUCUUAAUUGUUCAAACUACGAUUACACUAGCGUGCUUAUAUACGCAAUAUCCGUUUUUUUUUUUUUACUCCAGAUCAAAAGUACAGCCAAUCAACUUUUUUUUUUGAACAAAAAAGAAACAAAGUUUGCAAAGUUCGCAUUGACAAUUUUUCCAUUCACAUUUUGAUUGUCGACAACGAUUCGAAAUCAUGACUAUUGCGGAUAAACAACAUCAACAACAACAACAACAACAGCAGCAGCAGCAGCAGCCCGAUGAUGAUGACAAUGAAGAGAAUGUUCCCAUUCUGGGCUAUUGGAACAUUCGUGGUAAUGCCCAACCGAUUCGGUUGUUAUUACAUUAUACGAAAACCAGAUACAAGGAAAAGAAAUAUAAUUUUGGAAAAUGUGACCAAGAUAAAAUUAUAUGGCGAUCAUCGAAAUUUAAUCUGGAAUUGGAUUUUCCAAAUCUACCAUACUACAUCGAAGGUAAUCUUAAAUUGACACAAAGUUUAACCAUUCUACGAUAUUUGGCCAAAAAACAUAAUCUUGCCGGUCAAACGGAAAAGGAACGUACCAGAAUCGAUUUGCUUGAACAACAAUUACGUGAUUAUCGUAAUGAAUUCAUUGAAGCAUCGACGAAUAAAAAUUUUGAAAAGGCUCGUCUCAUUUAUUUGGCACGUUUGCCUGAAAAACUUCGUGCAUUAUCAUCAUUUCUAAAAGAACGGCCAUUCUUUUGCGGUAAUUCAUUGUCAUAUGUGGAUUUUAUGGCCUAUGAAUACAUUGAUCAACAUCAUUAUUUGUCUCAUGAAUUAUUUGAACAAUAUGGAUGCCAGAAUCUUGUUGAAUAUCUACAACGUAUCGAAGCAUUACCAACUAUUAAAGAAUAUCAAUAUUCACAGGAUUAUAUUCGUCAUCCAUCCGGUUUGUUGGUUGCAUGGUAUGAAGCAAAAUUCUUUUCCACUUUUAAUCGAUCGGUAAGCGAUAAACCAACAGAACAAUUGAAACAGGAAAUCGAAGAUACCAAUUCAUCAUCAGAUGUUGAACAGGAUAUGUAUCUAGUUUGAAAUAUGGAAAAAAAAUUAUCAAAAACAAAAAAAACAACAAAC